CAAAAUACAUAAUACCUGAAAAAAAACUGUCGAUUAGCUAAAACCCCAAAAAUAAGGUUUAAGCAGGGUUUAAGGCGGCUACUGCAACUUCUCUGCUAUUUUUCACCUUCAAUUUGUUUAGUUGCUUCGAAAUUUUUGAUGAUACUAUAAUUUGAUGUCCAUUACCAAAGCUUCUUUAACCUUCCAUCAGUUUAUUCCCUUUGAUUCAAACCCUUCAAUUUAUUCUUUAAACCCACCAAACUCGUCCACUAUUAUGUGGAGAAACUCGGCCAGACAGAUCAUUUCUACAACUCGACUCAGUCUUCAUUCAUUUUCUCGAGCUUGUACGUUUCCGGGUCUAUCUCGAGAACCAAUUUUUGCUGAUAAAUGUAAGUUUAAUCCGUUAAAUUUUUCAAAUUGUCAUGCGGGUUUUCGUCGAAUUGGUGAAAUUUUUACUCAUGAGGAUUGUAUUGGUAAUAGAGAGAGUUUUACUUCUAAUAUGUGUUUAGACAAGAGGUAUUUGUGUAGUGGGUUUUGUGCAAGAGGGUAUGGGAGUGUAGCCGAGGCUGUUUCGUCAUCCACGGAUGUCGAAGAGGACGUUUCUGUUGCCGAUGAAGUGCAGGAAUUGCUGCAAGAGAUGAGGAAAACGGAGAAGAGAGAGCGAGCUUUAGUGAGGAGCAAGGAACUAGGAAUGGGGAUUUGUAAGUAUCAAAUGUUGCGAAAAAGGCAAGUGAAGAUUGAGACUGAAGCAUGGGAACAGGCUGCGAACGAGUAUAAGGAGCUUUUGAUGGAUAUGUGUGAGCAAAAGUUGGCUCCCAAUCUGCCUUAUAUGAAGUCGUUGUUUCUUGGGUGGUUUGAGCCUUUGAGAGAUGCAAUUGCGGAAGUGCAGGAUUUAAUUAGAUUGGGAAAGAAUAAAACAGCUUAUGCUCCUUAUUUUGAUCAGUUACCGGCGGAUAUGAUGGCGGUUAUUACAAUGCAUAAGUUGGUCGCACUUGUCAUGACAGGUGGGGAACAUGGAUGUGCAAGAGUUGUGACUGCUGCUUGUUUAAUCGGCGAUGCAAUUGAGCAGGAGGUCAAAAUAUACAAGUUUCUGGAGAAAACAAAGAAAAGAAAUUCUGGUAAUAGUAAAAAAAAUCAGCAAGAUGAAUCUGAUGAUGUGGUAAAGGAGCAAGAGAGGUUAAGAAAAAAGGUCACAGAUUUAAUUAAGAAACAAAAGUUGCCUGCAGUCAGGCAGAUAGUGAAGGGGUAUGAUGAUUCAAAACCCUGGACACAAGAUGCCAAGGCCAAGGUUGGGAGCCGUUUGAUUGAAUUGCUGAUACAAACAGCUUAUAUACAGCCUCCUGUUGAUCAGUUAGCUGACACUCCACCUGAUAUUCGACCUGCAUUUGAGCACUCAUUCAGAAAUGUGACACAAGGAAAUAGGAAGAUCAGCCGGAGAUAUGGUGUCAUUCAGUGUGACCCUCUAGUCCUAAAAGGCCUUGAGAGAACUGCAAGGCAUAUGGUGAUCCCUUAUAUGCCGAUGCUGGUUCCGCCAGUGAAGUGGACAGGUUAUGAUAAAGGAGCACACUUGUUUUUGCCAUCAUAUGUUAUGCGUACACAUGGUGCUAGACAGCAACGUGAAGCUGUUAGGAAGACCCCUAGAGAUCAACUACAACCAGUUUUUGAGGCUCUGGAUACACUUGGAAAUACAAAAUGGAGGAUAAAUAAAAGGAUACUCAGCGUUGUAGAUAGAAUCUGGAAUAGUGGAGGUCAUCUUGGUGAUUUGGUGGACCGAAAUGAUCUUCCUUUACCAGAGCAGCCGGAUACUGAAGAUGAAGCUUUGCUUAGGAAAUGGAAGUGGAAAGUCAGAGCUGUCAAAAAAACGAACAAGGAGAGACACUCACAGCGUUGUGACACUGAACUUAAACUUGCUGUAGCACGGAAAAUGAAAGACGAAGAAGGUUUUUAUUAUCCACAUAACCUCGACUUUCGAGGGCGUGCAUAUCCCAUGCACCCAUACUUAAACCAUCUCGGUUCAGAUCUCUGUCGGGGAAUUUUAGAAUUUGCUGAAGGACGCUCUCUAGGAAAGUCAGGCUUACGCUGGCUGAAGAUACACCUUGCUAACCUAUAUGCUGGUGGUGUGGACAAAUUUUCGUAUGAUGGUCGAAUAGCUUUUACUGAAAACCACUUGGAUGAUAUAUUCGAUUCUGCAGACCAACCACUUGAAGGAAAGCGUUGGUGGUUACAUGCAGAAGAUCCAUUUCAGUGCUUGGCAGCAUGCAUUGAUCUCACUGAUGCUCUUAGAAGCUCCUCUCCAGAAACAUUUAUUUCACACAUGCCAGUUCAUCAGGAUGGUUCCUGCAAUGGCCUACAACAUUAUGCUGCUCUAGGAAGAGACAAGCUGGGAGCAAGUGCUGUUAAUCUAGUUGCUGGAGAGAAGCCUGCAGAUGUAUACUCAGGAAUAGCUGUUAGAGUACUCGAUAUCAUGCGGAGGGAUGCACAGAAAGAUCCUGCAGAGUUCCCUGAUACAUUACAUUCAAGAACAUUAAUUAGUCAGGUGGAUAGGAAAUUGGUGAAGCAGACAGUGAUGACGUCGGUCUAUGGUGUCACUUAUAUUGGUGCGAGAGAUCAAAUCAAGAGAAGGUUGAAAGAACGUGGUCUCAUUGCAGAUGAUGCAGAAAUCUUUGGCGCGUCUUGUUAUGCCGCAAAGGUGACAUUAACUGCCUUGGGAGAGAUGUUUGAAGCUGCAAGGAGUAUAAUGAACUGGCUUGGUGAAUGUGCUAAGAUUAUUGCAUCUGAAAAUGAGCCAGUGAGGUGGACAACUCCAAUUGGACUUCCUGUUGUGCAGCCUUACCGGAACUUGGGAAGGCAUCAUAUCAAAACUUCUCUUCAAGUUUUAACUCUACAAGUAGAAACUGAAAAGGUUAUGGCCAAGCGCCAGAGAACAGCUUUCCCGCCAAAUUUUGUUCACUCCCUUGAUGGUUCUCAUAUGAUGAUGACUGCAGUUACCUGCAAAAGGGCAGGCUUAAAUUUUGCAGGAGUUCAUGAUUCAUAUUGGACACAUGCAUGUGAUGUGGAUGAAAUGAACAGGAUACUAAGGGAAAAGUUUGUUGAGCUUUAUGAAACACCAAUACUAGAAAAUUUGUUGGAGAGCUUUCAGCAAUCUUUCCCCGCAUUAUCUUUUCCUCCUCUACCCGAACGCGGAGACUUUAAUCUGCAGGAUGUGUUAGAGUCGCCAUAUUUCUUCAACUAACCUAAUUGAAAGGCUUCUAUGCAUAGUCUAUUAUCCUGACUUGCUAGGUUGUAGCCAAUCCACAAUAUUGUGAAAUUGAGAAAGAUCUACAAACUGACGAAGAACUUCCAAUAGAGCUGACUGUAUAUAUUUGUUAGACGUUCUCAAUUAUCGGAACUACUCCGAGGGAGCAUGACCUUACACCACUGCUCAUUUGCGUAAAUGCAUAGAAUGAUGUUGUACAACGCUUAUGAAGAACGAGAAUUCUACGUUCUUGAUCAUGUGUAUAGGCUUUUAUGGAGAUGAAUCAGCAAUUUCACCACCAUUGAUGGAUGAAUGAAGAGGUGCUGAGAUUGUGCCGCAUGUGAUUAUUCUGGACAGUUUAUUCCAGGUUUGCUGGGAAAGAUGCAGUCUUACAAAGCUCUCUGACACAGAGAUUAUUUUCCGAAAGUACCACCAGAAUAUGAGCAAAUGAUGAGAAAUACCACAGAAAUCCUCCAGAUGUAAAAGGUUGAUCUUUUGUUAGAACUUAAUGAGAUUGAAGCACUACAACCUGCUGCACUUCAUAAAGUAUCUUUAGUCGAUCAAGGGUACGACGAUGUCUACAGCUGACAGAGUACAUUUUAAUGAUAAAUGGUAAAUAUGACGAUGUAUAAUUGUAAUAUUUAAAAAACAGCUAUGGAGAAUUUACUUUAUGACGCCCUGUACAGGAAUGAAAAAGAGAACAGUGAGAUUACUGAAAUUUAUAUUUGGUCUGUACAUUUUGCUUUGAAUUUAAGAUGUACUAAUCUGAAUAUAUUGCCUACAA